CCCACGCCCGGCGCAACGACCGAGCUGAGAUCCCACGGUCGUACGCGAUCCACGGGAGCUAGAUGAUCCUACUCGGCUCCUGUGCUGUUGGCUCUCGUCCCCUUCCCGUACCAGCGCAAGGUACCACCGGAUGGACGGCAAGCGGGGGCGUGGUUUUAUUUUAUGGAAAUGAUCUUUCCCCAUUACCAUAUAUGACCCAGAGGUCUUUUUGACCCGGAUCACCAUCCUGGACAGCUACUCACCUUUCACCGAAAAUGCGUGGAGUCACAGCUCUAGUCGGUCUGGUGACCCUCAUAGGCCAUCCGGCUGCUGCUGCUGCUAUUGACAAGCGAUGGUCUUGGUGUCCUAUUGCCUCGGCACAGGAGGGCGCACUCUUCAUCGACUUGUUGGGACUCGAGUCAGUGUGUUCGGAUAUACUGAAUGACAUUGUUCCCACCGUCACCGUCACAUCCACCUCGCCUGCACAGACAACGACGGUGUCAACCUCGACCACGGUUACAGCGACGACAUCCACCGUCUUGACGGUGCCGCAGACGUCCACUUAUGUCACGUCCACGCCAUUGACCGUGACGACUGGUACAAACACUAUCGUCUUGACCACUCAGACGCCGAGCACCACCACUUUCACAGCCACUUCGACGACAGUGUCCACGACGACUAGCACGGUCACUACAACCCCGGUGACUCUGAGCACAAGCACACCCGUGACGGUGAUCACUUCAACGCAGACUGCUGUCGCCAGCGUUGUCGCUUGCCCGACGACGCCUGCCGCUCGGUCCCUGCCAGCCCUUGAAGCCCGUCGUGGAUGGCGUGCCUUGUCGCCAGGUUGGCAAUCGUGUGCUGAGGACCUCGUUCGUGAUGCGUGUGAAAUAGCCCUCGGUCAACAGGCCGGCGUCGCAACGUAUUCUGUCACAAAGACGGUCACCCCCGCCCAGUCUACUGCAACCUACACGUCCACGGCCACAGUCACAAGCACGAACACUUUGCACACUACACUGACGGCGACCGCGACAGAUACAAUCACGAACACUAUCGACGUCUCAAGUGUCACCACGACGACCACUACCGUCCCUUCUACGGUCUCAGUGACGAGCACCAAUCUGGUAACGAGUACGACCACUGUUGUGACCACUGCGACUGCAUCUAUCAGCACCAGCGUGAUCACCGCCUCGACUACCAGCACUUCCACGUCUAUCGUCCUCGUCUCGGGUACUUCGCUGGUGUUGGCUGCGACGGGGGUCCCGCAAUGCUUCGCAGUCUCCUCAGGCGCGACUUGGCAGAUCACUGCGAAUGGCGCUUCGGGCGGUGGUUCUGCCAGUACCGCCGCUCAGGGGGCGGGCGGCGAUGGAGCCUCCAUUGUCGCUCAAUUUUCUCUUGACCCCACCGCCACUUACAACGCUAUUGUCGGAGUUUCUGGAUAUGAAGGGGAAUCAUCUGGGGGCGGUGGUGGAGGCACCUUCGUCUUCAACUCUGAUCAACUUCUCGUGGCGGCUGGAGCGGGGGGAGGUGCAGGUCAGCUGCUCGGCAUGGGCACAAUAGACGGCACCAGUGCGCCCCUGGAUGUGAGUGGGACCAGUUCCAGCGGCGAAUCAAACGGGAGCGGGGGUUCUGCCACCGAUGGCGGCGGCGGCGGCGCAGGUGUCGCUUCGAGCGGCACCUCGGCCGGGGAGUUCAAUGGAGCGUUCCCAGGCGGGCAGGGGGGAAGUACGGGCCCUUCUUGGGCAGGAGGCGCUGGUGAACCAGAUACUGGUGGAGGCGGCUAUGGAGGAGGAGGAGCAGGUGGUGCUGCUAGCGGAGGUGGCGGCGGAGCAGGUUAUUCGGGGGGUGCAGGGGGGUUUGCGGCUGGUACGAGCCCUGGUGGCGGCGGUGGGGGUGGUGGCUCGUUCAUAGGCUCGGGAGGUUCGAUAGUCGGCACACCCACCGCGUCCAGCGGUGACGGGUCGGUGACAGUGGUCUUUGUGUCCAGCUAAUAAUAUAUAUGGUGGGUUGAGUGAUGAAUCUGAAUUUUGGUUAAAUGUUAUUGAUUGUAGAGGACAGGCGUGGCUUGGUGUCUGU